GGACCACAUGAGCUUAUAUGGCGCUGGGUACUUGCUCCUUUAGCCCUGUGCCCGGCACCUGCCAAAAUAGCAGCCGACACCCCCCAUUGUGUCGUCCCCCCCCCAUCUUCUGCUGCACAUUCCUCCCACCGCAGGGCUUGGCUCUCAAGGCCCCAGCCCACAUGCCUGCUUAAAGCCCUCUCCAUGCCCUGCCCUCGGCCAGUCCCUGCCGAGGCUGAGUAGAUAUCUCAGGACCUGCGUGUAGCCCGUUCAGAGGGAGAGCCAAGGCCAUGUCUGACACGGAGGAGGUGGUGGAGGAGUACGAAGAGGAGCAGGAAGAGGAAGACUGGAGUGAAGACGGAGACGAGCAAGAGGAGGCAGUGGAGGAGGAGGAGGAGGACGGUGUGGCUGAGGCUGAGCCUGAGGGUGAGGAUGAGACAGAGGAAUCCAAAGCAGAAGAGGUUGGUUCAGAUGAAGAAGCCAGAGAUGCUGAAGAUGGUCCAGCCGAGGAGUCCAAACCCAAGCCCAGGCUCUUCAUGCCAAACUUGGUGCCACCCAAGAUCCCCGAUGGAGAGAGAGUGGACUUUGAUGACAUCCACAGGAAGCGCAUGGAGAAGGACUUGAACGAGCUGCAGACGCUGAUCGAGGCCCACUUUGAGAACCGGAAGAAGGAGGAGGAGGAGCUGAUCUCUCUCAAGGACAGGAUUGAAAAGCGGCGGGCAGAGCGGGCAGAGCAGCAGCGCAUCCGCAAUGAGCGGGAGAAGGAGCGGCAGAACCGCCUGGCUGAAGAGAGGGCCCGGCGUGAGGAGGAGGAGAACAGGAAGAAGGCUGAGGACGAGGCCCGCAAGAAGAAGGCUCUGUCCAACAUGAUGCAUUUUGGAGGGUACAUCCAGAAGCAAGCUCAGACAGAGCGCAGGAGUGGGAAGAGACAGACAGAGCGAGAGAAGAAGAAGAAGAUCCUGGCUGAGAGGAGGAAGGUUCUGGCCAUCGACCACCUGAAUGAAGACCAGCUGAGAGAGAAGGCCAAGGAGCUAUGGCAGAGCAUUCACAACCUGGAGGCCGAGAAGUUUGACCUGCAGGAGAAGUUCAAGCAGCAGAAAUACGAAAUCAACGUUCUGCGAAACAGGAUCAACGACAACCAGAAAGUCUCCAAAACUCGUGGAAAGACCAAAGUCACCGGACGCUGGAAAUAGAGACAGUUUGCUCUCACCAAAGCUCUGCCCCUUGCCUGUGUCCCUGCCCUGAGCAUCCCAGCUCUGGGUCCUCCUGGAUACCUGAUGCAGACUCCUGUCUGGAAAGUGGGAGCUGGGCUAGCUAGAAGCCAGUACUCUGCCUGACCCUUGUGCCCAUACCACUCCAGUAAUAAAAGGCCAGCACACUGCA